CAACCUGUAAUGAGAAAGAUCGUUAUUUGUUAUUAUUAAAUAAAUAAUGUUUAUGAAUAAUGUAAGAAACCAUCCAGAAAAUCCUAAGAACUGCAAUAGCAUUAUGCUAAAAACAGUCCGACUCAGAACCCUUGAGCAACUGCACAGCAACACGAAAAAACAACUUCGAAAUUUCUUCUUUUGUGUUCCACAGAAGAAAGAAUGUCAUACAAAUAUUUAACAAUAUAAGUAAAAAUGUGGUGAGAAAAUCCAAAAUAUAAAAGUAGGCUACUAAAAUAAUUUGUAAAACAUCAUGUUUUAGUGCACGGUCAGUCAUCACCAUGGAAACCGACGUCAACAACAUUUCAGAAACACUGACAGCUAUGGAGAUGCACAGCGCAAAUAACGCACAAUGUGAGCAUACAAUCAAAAACAUCGACUGGAUCUCAUGCAAAGACUUCACAAUCGAGAUCGGAGAGCAGCAGAUCAGACAUUACAUGGACACAUGGGAGAUAGAGCAGCCUGGCUGGCUCUACAAUCUGAGGUUUCUCCAGGAGACAGAGCUGGAGUUAAAAACGCAGUACCAGUACGAGGCCAAAUGGAGCAUGCCGACCCCAAGCGCCCCGAUCCCGAGAGUCACAUCCAGCGUGUACUUCACCAUAGAAAUCUCCAAAAUCAAACCAAACACACGGCCUGUGGACGUUCACUUCCUCGUCGAAACCAACAGGUCCAAACAUAUUCCAGGACAAACGAGGUUCAGGGAGAAGUGGCUGAUGGAUGUCAUUGAGAGCAAGACUUUGCUGAUGGACACCGUCGACUUUUAAUACUUCAAAACAUGUCAAUUUAACUCGCUGUUUACACAUGAUCACUUUCAAUGGAAAUAUAGUAAAAUGAUUUAACUGAUGCUUCUUAAGGAAAUACUGUAAGUUAGUACUAGGUCUCACAUAUUUACCAUAAUGUGCUGGUUUGUUUUGUUUUUGUCAGUGUAAGUUAACUCGAAUUAUCUUAAACGCUAAAUGACUAUUACCAUAAUAAUUAACUGUUAUCUCUAUAUAAAUCGAAUAUGUUUAUAGAAAUAGUAAUUUGUUGUUCAUAAAUGGAUAUUGUUAUUA